AUGGCCCAGGACCAUGACACGUUUUCCUGUGAUGCAUCAGUACGGUGUGAGCAGCUGGACCGGUUGCUUCAGUGGGGGGCUGAGUUUCGCCAGUCAUCAUCCAUACCACUGGAAGGAGAGAAGGUGCUGGAAGACCUGGUGGCCUUCGACGUCAUCCUGGGAGACCUCAACUUUGACAACUGCUCUUCAGAGGACAAGCUGGAGCAGCAGCACGCACUUUUUACUCAAUACAAGGACCCAUGUCGCCUGGGGCCAGGGGAGGACAAACCAUGGGCUCUGGGUACUCUGCUGGAUCCCAGUGGCCUUUAUGAUGAAGAUGUCAGUUCACCGGAAAGUUUACAAAAACUUAUGGAGAACGAAGAGGGAAGGAAGGAGUACCUGGUGUUUCCUCCCAGUAAGAGCCAGUGUCCCGCCAGCAGUCAGAAGGGAAGAAAAAUCCCGCUGAAGGGCAACGGACGCCGUAUUGACUACAUCCUUUACAGCGACGAGGGCCUCCAACAGGACUGGAAACUGGAAAUCGAGGAGUUCAGCUUCGUCACCCAGCUGGCCGGCCUCACCGACCACCUGUCUGUGGCCAUGCGCUUGGCUGUUUCCACUGGGGAAGAGGAGCCUUAGACUCAUCACCUGAGCUUUUUAUUUAAAUACUGCCAUGGAGAAGAGCAGACAGCCAGGAUGAGAAGAAGAUGUUACAGAUAAGGAGGUGCUCAAGGAAAGAUUGAUGGGGCAGCAAAUAGAUGGAUGAAUGAACGAAGGAGGAUUAAUGAAGGUAGAGAAGAGGACCACCUGAGGGGAGAGAGACUCUGAGAGACUCUGAGCAGGAGAGAUAAGCAGGGGAAUUCAGUUUAGGAAACCAGAAAGAUUUUCAUCUUCCUGGGUAAAUCACCCACUCAGUCACACACAUUAAAUACAGCACCACCCACAAGAGAUCGACUUCUCGACUGUUGAGUAUCGCCUGGCCUCUCCUCCAACGCUCCCUCUGGAACUGAGUCCAAAGGGUUUUAUUUUCAGUGAAUGGUUUCAUGUAGCCAAUACACACACUCCUUUUAUCAGAUCUGUUUUAGUCGUAGUGUUAGUAUGAUUUCUUUUUUUAAUUAUAAUUAUUGUUAUUAUUAUUCUACCUUCAGGGACAGAAGGGACAAACACAUUAUUGGAGAGAAGCGUACAGCUACAGACUGGCCUUUACACUGACCGUCUGUGUCUUUGUGUCGUGUUCCUUGCUGAAAGGCUCUUGGUCAGUUAUUCACCUUACUGCUCUCACAGUCAGUCCCAGGAACCUCAACAAGUGUCUUUUCUUUUCUAAAAAAAAAACCAAGUCUUUCUAAAAGGAUGAAAUCAAUGUACAAUUUCUAUUGUGGCCGCACCAAUUUUUAUAAGGAGUUGAAAUGCCUGUUUAAUAUUAUAUGGUAUGUUUCUAUAAAGAGGUAUUGUUUAAAGGGACAUGAAACUGGAGACAAAACGUUGUCGGUUGAAUGCGAUGCGACGCUACAGCAUGUUUUCUCAGCCAUGUUUGGUGAAACCAUUGGUGAAGCUUUGCUGAUGCAUGAUGGGAAAUGGUGUUAGUUUACAACGUUCAUAUAAAGGCUUGACACAUACUUAUACGUGUCUGAAUGCCUCAAGGGGCAUUUUGGCUCUCAAACACAUACCUGCGUGUCUGUGUGGCAUUUGUGCAUGCUAAUGCUAAUAACACACAUACAGAGGAUUUAGCUAAUGCAGGCACACAGCUACACACAUGACAUAAGGAGGGCUUUCAGUGGAUGUAACAAACCCCCUGGCAGCCAAAUUGGACCUCUUCACGAGUCCGACACGAAACAUGGCGAUCUUUUUGAGAGACUAGAUAUUGUCAACUUGUUAGCAAACAAACCGUAGUAGCUGGUUGGCAAACCAUCACUUUAUUGUGAGCACAUCUGUUUGGUUCACUUGGUAAAUUCCAGCAUGAAGCCCAGUUAUUAGCACAGCAAGUUGUCCAGUGGAUUAUUACGUUGACAGCCAUAUUGCGACGCAACUGCAAAACCUCAUUGUUCUGUAACAUUUUAAACACCUACAGGCUGUGCAAUAUGCCACGUAAACUCAAUAUAAAGUUCAAAACAGUCCCAAAGAUUAGCACAGACCGACCAAGAAGACACAGAAUUCAGAUUUUAUUGCAUCAAACGCUUCUUUUUUCACUUUUUUCACAAAUACCUUUAAAUAACAGAAACUAUCCUGGGGUUUUUUUUUUACAAUGUAUCCAAUAUUUUCAAUAAGCAGGACAUGUUCUGGUUUGUUGUUGUUGUUUGUUUGUUUUUAUUGCGGCACAAAUUCCUGGGAAUGAUUUGCCAGUAAAUGUUCUAUAAUUACCUGGAUUUCAUUUUUCUUUUUAAAUGGAGAAGUGUCGAAGUGAAAAAACAAAACCUAACUGAAGGUGUGUUCAGACUGAAAGCACAUGUGAGACUUUUUCUCUUUAAUGAAAAAACAAAAAAUCCCAAGUAUUUUAGCUGUUUGUGCAAAUUCAGUCAAAUUCCCACCAACUGCUUUGCCUUCAGCCUAAAUGCACCUUCAGAUUUCUGCUGUACUGUGUUACAAUGUGGAGAAACUGGCUGGACAAUUUUGAAAUACUAAAUCAUUAUAAAGCCAUUACACCAACUCUCUGUGUGUAACAGAGCCAAACAGACCAUGGUAUCAAACAGGAGCUGGAACUUUGAGAAGUGUUUAGAGACAUGUGCUUACUCAAACUGUCCUUAAAUACCCCCAGACAUGCAGCUGUGGUGCUGUGAACUCAGAGUGCUGUGGGCGAGUGACCUUGUUACCUUGAACUUUAAGAAACGAGGAAGCAGUUUUUAAACUAUCAGUAUUCUGAAGUGAGAUGCUGCCAAAUUAAACAGUUCUGCUUGGAAAAACUACAACUGUCAUUCAUACAGCAAAUACCUUGAAUAUAAAACAGGCAAACAUUAGCCAUCACAAGCUAAUGGUCAUAUCAAGCCAAGUCAAGUUUGCAUCCAAAUGCUAGAUUCGUAUUUUCUCCACAGUACCUGUUGUUUAGCACCACACAUGCUAACCUGUAAACAGUAUAAAUGCAGUAAACUCCAGAUUACUCUUCUACCAUUCUGUUUAAUCCAGGAACUACACCCAUACUGCCAUCGGUCAACAUGGGCCGUAACACCUCUCUCUCUGAAAAAAACAUGCUUUACGGUGAUAGUUAAGUUUGCAGAUACUGUCUGUAUACCAUGAUCUGCAGGGUAAACAAUGUUUACAACAGUUUUGUGACCUUUCUACCUGUCUCGUAAUCACUUCAGGGGAAACGUUUCACUUCAAGCAUCACUUUCAGCAUCAGUGCAAAUAUGAAUAUGUUGGGGCAACUUCAUGUGGUAUUUUCCCCCCAGUUAAAAAGUGCUAGCUGGCAUUUCUCUGAAUAAAAACUGUGCUGAAUGAUAACCCAGGGUGGCCAGUGCACUAUAGUAUGUUUACAGGCAUGGUAUCAGCAGUCUACAUCCUGCUGUUGUGAGUGUGUGUGCAUGUGUGUGCGUGUGUGUGCACAGGACUUGUCAGUCAUCCUGUUAUGUAUGUUCAGCUUACAGUUUUGCAUACAGUAUGAGUCCAUCUGUCAUGUGACUCUCUAUAUUACUCAUGGUAUUAUUAUGACUGACACGUUCUUGUUUUUACCAAGUCUGUGCUUCACCAUGUUCCUUUUUUAUUUGAUUUUUCUGAGACAAAGUCAGGUGAAUUUGAGAAUAAUCACUGCUUUGCUUAGGGUAACAUCACACACCCAAGAGCACUUGGUAAAUAGUCAUGUAAAUACACUAUAUGAGUAAAGGAAAGAUGCCACGGUGAGCAUCUGCUAUGAGGUAUAAUAAAUCAAAGGCUUGGAGAAGUACUGUGUUAGCCAAUGUAAACAUUUAUUUAUAAACCUUUAUUUUUCAACUGUUGUAUUUAUUGCAUCAAAUCUGAAUACUGCCGAACAGUUCAUUUGUAAGAAUGGACAGACAAACAGUGUAACACGUCUUAUUUUAAAGCUGGACUGUGAAGGUUUUUGAUUUUAUAUUUGGAUUUCAUUUUGUUUUGCUAAUUCUUCUGUGUUAUUUUUAAUAUUUCCGAUUUAAAGUUCAAAGGAGAGUGUUGGUUUGUGUGGGUGUUGAGGGUUUAUACCAAGCCUUAGGUUUGCAGUUGGGUGACUUUUCAGUCAGUCAUGCGUAAACUUAGCAGUUGGAGGCAAAUAUAAACUCAUCCUGUUGUGUAUUCCUGUGAACUCUUUCUAAGCAGUGUGUUAGGCUGGUGAAGAGAAAAAUGCUCAAGUGUGGUUCCAUUUAAGUGGCAUUAAAUUCAAUUUCUGGGCCACUUUAAUGCUCUUAAACUGGUCUGCUGUUUGGUGCUGGGCAGGCACACUGACUACAGAUGCAACCGCUGACUGUAUAUAAAGAUGGACAAAUAGCACAUGUCCACUUUAGCUUCCAAAACUGAUGGAAGAUAUAUGCUGGUGACAAGAUCUCUGUUGUAGUGAUUAGAAGUAGAUCCUAGUAUGAGUGGUUCUUCUAACAUCACACAAAAUUAUUAUUACAAGUCAAUAAAUUCCUCUCCCCCAACUCCACGUCCUACUUCCAGAUCAAAUUUCCUGAACAUUAAAAACACAUUUUCAAAUUUAACUGGAAGAUAAAACCCAUGAUCUCGAAACUCCAAAAAUGUGGAAAUUAGCAGACAUCAAAUAAAUAAAUGAGUAGUAAUAAUUACAAUAGGGAAUUGAAACAACCAAAGAUCAAGUCCUUUAUAAAAGCAAAUUGAACAAGUAUAGUACUUUCUAAAGCCACUUCAUGCGCCUAUUUUCAUUUGAUAUUAGAACAGCCUGUAAAAACAAUGUUAAUGUCUCCCAGAGUUAAGUGUUAAUAUGAAACAGUGAUGUGCAGAAAAUAAACCGACAGAUAUUCUAAACUAAGGAUGAAUAUGGUUUGACUUUGAUAGGAGAUUAAAACUGAGACCAUUUACUUUUCAUUAGCUCUGGCUGAAAAGGAUAAAUGGUACGGUGUUCUGAGACGGACAUAUAGGUAAAAAAUAAAAUUCAGAAUCAAUUCAAAGUCUUAAAAUUUUAAUGCACCAACUUGUCUCAAGUAAAGGUUUUGGUUUAUUCACCAAAAGACUCGCAUUUACACGUUUGUAGAGGAGAAAAAUUAUUAUUGCAAAUUUGGAAUUUUAGUCCUGAUAAAUAUUAUAUUUGUGUAAUAUUCAGUGCUCGGAGGUCUUAAAACCUCGAUGCCUUCGCUGUGCUAUCAGACUAUAUUAAUUAUCUAGUUUAUAAAAACCAAACACUUUGAAUUUUUAAAAAGUAUUUGCUUUAGCCCUCUGAAGUCUAAGUCAUUAUCAGCUCUAAACCCUAAACCUAAGGAGGAAAGCAAAAAGGACUCCACUGUUGUUGACGUACACAUUGGUGAGUUGAGUCCUUUUGAUGAUUGUAACCAUUUUAACAAAUAAUCGGGCUGUAGCUUUUUAAUUCCUGAUUAAUUCUGAAUAAUAUGUACUGACCAUGUCAGCACUAUAUUAAGGAAAACACUCUGCCAUUAAUGAUGCCACCACCUCCCAGCUGACUGCGAAUGUUGCUACUCACAACCUAAAAACAGUGCAAUCUAGACUAUGAACAUUUAUAGAGCUGAAAUUAUUUCUCUUGAAUAAUUAUAAUUAUGCAGUCUAGCACCUUUUGUUAGGAGAACAACAUAUUGUUUCAAAUCUGCCUCACUGCACUGCUGCUCCUGACAAUCAAACAACUGGAAUUGUUUGGUCAAAAGCUCGUUAGGAGCUUCAACCACAGCCACACAAACCUUAACUGUAAUGACAACCAGGGCCACUUCCAUCACUUCAGCCCUUUAAAAACAAACAUUAGGACAAAAUUAGAUUCUCACAACGGUCAGCUGAUUGGCUUGUAAGUGACAGGAAUGUAGACACCUAGAUAACGUAGUGCUCCCAACACUUUAGCCUCCAUUAUCCUGCUGCAGGGAGAUGACCAAAGUUAUCAUUAUAAAGACUAAAGAUGAAGAUGUGCACCGUACUAUGGUGAACACAUGAAAAAUAAUUUACUCCUUCCUGCAUCUUUUGGUGUCUGUAUUCUUAGGGGAGCUAACCAGCAGGCCAGUUGAUGUCUUUAUGUCUGAUAUAAUUUUGCUACAUUUCUGAUCACAAAUCACUGCCUGCCUUGUGUCCACGUCGAGUUCAGGACAGAGUUAUUCAGCAGUUAGUUGGGGAUUUGAGCUCUAACCUUUUGUAGCUGCAUGUAGUGUAAUAUUGCUUUAGGCGUGUAGACUUCAUAGGAGUGAUGCUUGACUUUGCAAUCCUUUUCUCAUUUGUUUUUUUUUUCUAUCAUGUGUCUCCAUGUUUUUUAAUUGAUUCUUGUCUUUUGGGGGGGAGGGGCUUAUCGAUGGGUUUGUCUGGCUGGGUCUCUGUAACUUGGCUCGGGGGAUCAACUCCUUUUCUCUUUCUAAGCUUCUUCAACAAAACUGCUUAUUUUCCUCUGCUUUUCUAAAGAAAAAAAUCAAAGGAACU